AAUCAAUACUAGCCCUCCCCUCCCCUAAAGUGGUUAUUCACCUUGAACGACCUUUACAUAAUAUUUCUCUGACACACUGAUUUAGCUAGUGGUAUUACUUACUGAAUUUCUCGUAUUUCAUUGCUUUUAAUAAGUUGUUUUUCCUAAAACUAAGCCUUCCACAGGGAAAAACAACUCUUCUUCAAAAUAGACAGCAAUGUCAACUCAUUUAGAUAGUUCUUCAGCCAAAAACCCGUUGUCAAACUUGAAAGAAAAUGGCAGCUUUGAGCCAGGACCUUUGGACUUGUAUAGACAACAAGCAUCUUUUAACCUCACAGAAAUGAGACAUUUUGUCGACGGAGGAGAAGAUAUUACUGAAUUCAAGGAUAGGCUAUGGAAAAUCAUGGAGAAAGACCCCAUAUUUAGUCACGAAAAAGAGAAAGGUUUAUCGCUGGAUGGUAAGAGAAGGUUGGCACAGAGAAGGUGCAAGAGGGUUUAUGAGCUGGACUUCUUGAAUGACGAAGAGUUUGCUGAUAAUCCUUAUAAGAAUCAAGCUCUGACAGACGUUUUAGGGAGUUAUGACUGGGGCGUAUCUGCAAAGAACUCUUUAAAUGCGUCGAUGUUUUCUCGUUUGCUUAGAUUCCAGUCUAAACAUGAACAUAUUCAAGAGCUUGGAGAGAAAGCCAAAAGAAUGGAGAUAUUUGGCUGUUUUGCCUUGACUGAGUUAGCCCAUGGUAGUAACACAAGAGCAAUGCAGACUACAGCAACAUAUGAUCCAAGAACCAAGGAAUUCAUUAUCAACACACCAACAUUUGAAGCCACUAAAGUCUGGGUGGGUAAUCUUGGAAGGACAGCCACCCAUGCUGUGGUAUAUGCACAGUUAUACACCCCUGACGGCACCUGCCAUGGUCUUCAUCCUUUUGUUGUUCAAGUCAGAAGUACUAAAGAUCUCAGAGCUAAGCCUGGUGUGACUGUGGGUGAUCUUGGGGAGAAACUUGGGCAGAACUCAUUGGACAAUGGUUUUGCUGCCUUUGACCAUGUGAGAAUCCCCAGAGAACAUCUCUUGAACAGCGGCAGUGAUGUUACCCCAGAUGGUAGAUAUGUGUCCCCAUACAAGGAUCCCAAUAAGAGGUUUGGUGCAGCUCUGGGUGCAUUGUCGAGUGGACGGGUAGGAAUAACAGCCAUGGCAGUCACCAAUCUGAGGUCAUGUCUACCAAUAGCAAUAAG